AUGGGCGAAGGAGGUUGGUUACUCCUGGAGAAGUAUCGCCUCACGUUCACCAGAUCAUUGGAGGACUUCAACUUGACGAUGGACCCCGACCUUGAUCUUGCCAGCAUCGCGACUUGCACGACGUGUCGCUUCAAGGAGAACAAGUCCAACUACUGGACCGCUGUUUUGUACUUCCAUCAUCCCAACGGUAGCUUCAUCAGGGUUCCUCAAAUGCCCAAUCACCUCGUUGGAAAUCACAAUGGGGGGAUGACCGUGUAUUACCUCCCCGGUGCACCUCCAUUCGACAAGAAGAUCACUGCUUUCCCCAAGGGUUUCCGAAUGAUUACCGGUAACCCAAUGAAGCGAACCGGGAAGCCAUCCAGCCUGGACGACGUCGAGUCUUACUCCUUGAGUUUCCGAUGCUGGGAAGACCAGGAGUGGCUUGGACAAUCCAACCAACAUGCACCAGGUGUGGGUGCUUGGGAUACUGUCCAUCUCCCCAAGAAGCCGUGCCUGGGUGGUAUUCGUAGUAACACUUUCUUCCCCUCUUGCUGGGAUGGCGUUAACACGGAUAGCCGUGACCACAAGAGCCACAUGGCCUUCCCAUUGGGAAGAGUCGAUGAGAGGCUCGGUAUCAUCUGGCAUGAGGGCGAAUGCCCGGAAACCCACCCGGUGAAGACGCCUACGAUUUUGUUCGAAAUUAGCUGGGAUACCCGUCCUUUCAACCACAUGUGGCCUGAAGACGGAAGCCAGCCAUUCGUUCUUAGCCAAGGAGACCCCACUGGCUACGGACACCACGGAGACUACCUCUUCGGCUGGGAAGGCGACUCCCUCCAGCGUGCUAUGGACAACUGCUUCGACUACUUUGGGUGGCCGGAGGCUUGCGAGGUUCUUACUCUCCAGACUGAUGAGGAGAUGGAUCAGUGCGUCAAGCAAACUUCGAUCAACGAAGUUACCGAGGGAGAAUGGCUUCCGGAACUCCCUGGAUGCAACCCCAUCCAACAUGGCCCUGAGCCCGCGACUAUGGUUAGAGAUUGCAAGGCCAUCUCCACGACUGGUAUUCCGGCUGCUACUCGUCCCCCGGUUGCUGGUGUUACCCCCGCCCCUUGA